AUGACUUUGAAGAAAGCGUUUUUCGCGAAUGCACUGAUUUGCAUUUGCACUCUACAAUUCGCUUCCGAAUCGAAUGCAUACGAUUUUACCAAUUUUGUCACUCAACAAAAAGCAAUUCCUUUGCCUGUUAAUGGACAAGCGAUCAAAUCAAAAUCCUCCAGUACGUUCAAUAAUUCCAACAAUUUUGGUCAGGAUAUACAGAGUGAUCGAACGAUCGUACCUGGACAAACUCCGAUCUCUUGGUUCUUUGCAAAGUUGUACGGAAAUGAAAGUCCAUUAGAAGGAGAUGAUGGAAGACGAUUGGACGGGGCGACGAAGAUGUACUUCAAUAUGACUGACGAGAACCUACCGCAGAACGGAAAUGGGACAGCACUGAAAGAUACAUUACCGGCAGAAGAAUCGAUAAAGUACAACGUUUCUCAUUUAGGAUUACUAGACCCUUUUGCAAAACAUUCAACGAAACUUUCGUAUGACUAUAAGAUCGAAGUUGGUGAACCGCACAAUAAUGGUAAAGGAUCAAUCGUUUCACUUUUGAACGGUACAAUCUUUCCGCUUGGCAGUGUUGGAGCAAUGUCUGCUUUGGGAUGGAGAGGUGGAACGAAUGAGACACAUAAGCCACAUGCUCCCGGUUCAAAUUCAACGAUAAACUCUUCGAAUUCUACUUCCUCCGUCUCUCAAAAUUCUACAACUCACGGUAAUCAAACAAAAACCACAAAUACUACAUCCAUCAUGCCGCAAGAUGGAUUGAGCGGCAUAUGGCUUGCAUUCACUUCUCAACAUGCAUUGACGGGCGGCUAUACCUUACAUUCAAAACAACUUUCAGUUGCCAACAAUGCAGUUUAUCAUAACGUCACCUUUCGCAGUAAUUUCACCAUCGAUGCACAUGGUGUUUUCGAUUUCACAUUCACAAUCGGAGUUGUUGAUGAACGAGAUCAAUAUCUUAGAUUGAUGGCAAAAAAUUCGACAAUAAAUAACAAAAAAGGACGUAGCGGCGGCGGCGGCGGCAGAAUGAACAAUGAUGAACCAGUCAUCAAUCCAAUCCGUUUAGAAGGACCAAAAUGUGUUGAAUUGAAAGGAAUGAAUAAUACGGAAGCGGUAUUCAGAAUGCGCUGUAAAGGUAACAAAGUACACCUCUUCGCUGAUAUAUGA